AUGGCUACCCAAGUGAUGGGCGACUUUUUACACCAGCUACUCCGGAGAGCUGUGGAUUCGGAUACGGACCCCGAUGAUGCAGAUGCUCCGGAUACCGGCGAUAAGGAGUUCUUCAGCUCCUGGGCGCUCUUCAUCCUGAUUAUGUUGUUGAUGUUCGCGCUAUUCACGAGUUACAUUCUCCAACAGAAGAAGAUCCAGGCGGUUCAUGAAACAGUGCUGUCUAUAUUUGCGGGCAUGUUCGUCGGAUUGAUCAUCCGAUUGAGUCCUGAGUCACCUAUUCAGGAUAGCGUCACCUUCGAUUAUCAAUUCUUCUUCAACCUUCUCCUUCCUCCGAUUAUUUUGGCGUCGGGCUACGAACUACACCAGGCGAACUUCUUCCGAAACAUCGGUACCAUUCUCACCUUCGCUUUCGCGGGAACUUUCAUCUCUGCUAUUGUGUUGGGACUGGUCUUGUUUGUCUGGACGAGAAUUCCGUUGGAUGGGUUGAAUAUCUCCUUCGUUGAGGCUAUCGCAGUCGGUGCGACUCUGUCGGCGACGGAUCCAGUCACUAUCUUGGCUAUCUUCAACUUGUACAAAGUCGAGCCGAAGCUCUACACGGUCAUUUUUGGCGAGUCGAUCUUGAACGAUGCCAUCGCUAUUGUGUUAUUCGAGACUGCGCAGAAGUACGCCGACAGCGAUGCGGGUUCCUUGACUUUCUUGAACCUGUUCGAGGCUAUUGGAGUGUUCUUGCUGGUUUUCUUUGGAAGUAUGAUGGUGGGUAUCAUCGUCGGCAUUAUGACCGCUCUGGGCUUGAAGUACACGCAUGUGCGCCGCCAGCCCAAGAUUGAGAGUUGCUUGAUUGUCCUUAUCGCCUAUGCCAGUUACUUCUUCUCGAAUGGUGUCUAUCUGUCUGGCAUUGUGUCUCUUCUGUUCUGUGGAAUCACCCUCAAACACUAUGCGUACUACAACAUGUCGCGCCGUACCCAACUCACCACGAAAUACCUCUUCCAAGUGAUGGCGCAGUUGUCGGAGAACUUUAUCUUCAUUUAUCUCGGACUCGACUUGCUCGUCCAAAGACAUCUACAGUUCAAGCCUCUCUUUAUCCUGGUCGCCGUUUUCGGUAUCUGUAUUGCGCGUUACUUGGCGGUGUUCCCGCUGUCCAAGGCGAUCAACUGGUUCAUCCGAUACAGAGCCCGUCGCCGCGGCAUGGAUGUUGCUGACGAGCUGCCCUUCGCUUAUCAAGCAAUGCUUUUCUGGGCAGGUCUGCGCGGAGCUGUCGGUGUUGCGCUGGCCGCGGGCCUGAAGGGCGUCAACGCCCCGGCGCUGCGAGCCACUGUUCUCGUGGUGGUGGUGUUGACCGUCAUCAUUUUCGGUGGCACGACGGCCCGGAUGUUGGAGAUUCUGGGAAUUCGGACCGGAGUUGUUGAAGAGAUCGAAUCGGACGAUGAGUUUGACAUUGAGGUCACCAACGGUGGCACCUACUACAAACGCUCCGAUACAGGCUUGGGAUACACGCCUCGCCGUAUGGACUCGACCAUUCCGUUGGACGGAGUGCCGCGCGGCGAUAUAGACCGGAACAACAGCUAUUCGAGCGGCAACAACCGUCGCCCCAGCCCUCCUCCAUCCGGCUCGGGCCGUACGCGAGGCCAUGCCCGGCUCUAUUCCAACGCAUACAGCCAGAGAGAUUCAGGGCGUGAUCGUACGUCGACAGCCACGCUGCUGGGUGGUGCCGCCCGCAGCCACAGCGAUAGCGAUGUGGCCAGUGAGGACGAGUUUGGCUUGAGGACCACUGGAAAGAACCGUGUGGCAGAUGCCGAUCAAUUGGACGCUUUUGACCUUGAUGUCGAGGAUGCGCCGUCCGAUGACGACCUCCCCCCGUCCGCCCCGGCGCCGACUACGUCGCGCCUCAGGCGAUCGCCGUCCCAGCCUCAACAAUAUUUGGAGCCGUCGCAGACCACACCCCCUAACAAUACCUCGCCUAACCGGCGCGAAACCGGAUUGAGUGCUCGCGAUGCCAUUCGAGACCUCUUCUCGGGAGGACCGUCCGGGGACCACGCGGCGUGGUUCCGGCAGUUGGACGAAGAUUAUAUCAAGCCUCGACUUUUGUUAGAUCAGUCGAACCACAAGGGGCCUGGUGCUGUUUAG